AAAUGGGAGGAGACACGAUUGAAACAGGAGAGAAAAUUCUAGAUGACGGGAGUAUUGGUCAGUCAAAUUUUGAUCAAACUGAAGCAAUGUUACCCACUCCCAGUGAUAAAACUGAUUGGAAAUCCAUCUACCUAGCUGGAUCAUGUGCGUUCAUACAAGCCACACAGUUUGCAAUAUUUUUCACAUCUAUGUAUCCAUAUAUUUUGACACUGGAACAUAAUGUAACGCAAACAAGUUUUGGAAUUGUAGUUGCAAUGUACAGCGUUUCACAAGCGAUUUUUAGUCCUGUUUUUGGAUUUUGGAGCAAUCGAAUAGGUCAAGUGAGAUUUCCGUUAAUAGUCGGCUUUAUUGUUAUGGCUUUUGGAAAUAUCACAUAUCUUAGUUUGCAAUAUUUGUCCAGCAAUCACUUAUACGUUAUGAUGCUGGCUAGACUCAUUGCUGGAGGAGGCACAGGAAACAUGAGUUUACUUAGAGCUUAUGCUUCAACAGCUUCUACUUCAAAAGAUCGCUCUCGUGCUAUUGCGUGUGUUUCUGGAGGAAUUGCACUUGGAACCAUGAUGGGGCCUGGAUUACAGUUACUUUUCUCUCCACUUGGAGAAAACGGAAUUAACAUUCUUGGGUUGAACAUCAGCAUUUAUACCUCUCCUGCUCUUUUUUGCCUUAUUCUCAAUGUAACUGGGUUGCUGAUCGUGAAGCUUGCUUUUGUGGAAAAAUAUAUUAUCAACCAUGGUAAAAAUAUAGUGCAAGAUGAAGAAAAUGGAGAGAAAAAAAUUAAAAAACUAGCCAGCCCUGACUUCAUUGCAAUUCUGCUAUGUAUUAUUACUCGUUUCUCUCAAAUUUUCUUAAACACUACCAUCGAGAGUAUUGGGUCCGCAUACACAAUGAUGAUGUUCGGAUUGGAGAAGGAAGAAUCAGUUUCAAUAAAUGCUGGAGUUCAUACCGUUGCUGGUUCCAUUGCGGCAUUCAUGUUCAUUUGUUUCAUAUUUACCGGAGUUCGAAGAUACAUGAAAAACCGAGUAUUCACAUUUAUUUCGCUGUCCAUCCCGUUAGUGUGGCUCAUUGCAACUUAUCCAUACAAGUUCUACAGUGAUCAUGUUCAACUUAUGACAAAUGGAAGCAAUGCCAAUUGUGACACUGAGAAAUAUUCUUGGUGUACAGAUCUCACUAAAGUCAAUGAAUACGUAUAUUAUAUUGGAUUCAUUAUGGUGUUUGGUGUUGCAUUUUCGUUUAUGAAUAUCACCGUUACUACACUGUUUUCCAAAGUAAUAGGCCCGAGACCACAGGGAACUUAUCAAGGUGUGUACCAAAUGGCCGGAUCAUUUGGGCGAAUGCUUGCUCCACUUUUGAUGAGCUACGUUUACACAUUAUAUGGCCCUUCAAUUCCAUGGUUGAUACUAAUUGUGAACCUGGUAGUCCUUAUUAGUGCGUGGAUUAUAUUGCGUGUGAGAAUGGUUCCAUUCGAGAAAUAUGAGACGAAGAAGAUUGAGCCUUUGAAUUAGGCAACUCUUUACUUUGUUAUUUCACCUUUGUUUGAGUUUUCGAGUACUGUUGUAAGUGCAAUAUUACGGCAAACAGAAACCGGUUGAUUUUGACUCAUCGCGUGUCUUUAUCUUGUUAUCGAUAUAAUUCUUUGAGAAUUAGAAUUUAUGAUUAUUGAAAUAAAGGAUUUUUGAAA